GAGAGUAGCUCCUCCGGCUCUGCAGCAACAGCAGCAGCAGCAGCAGCAGCGAGUCCUGGACUGCCUGUGGGAGGCACACCCACCUAGCCCGGCCGCACCCCUGCGCAGCAGCAUGUCGGCGCUCGAGUGGUAUGCCCACAAGUCUCUGGGCGAUGGCAUCUUCUGGAUUCAAGAACGGUUCUACGAGUCAGGCAACCGGGCCAACAUUUGGCUGGUGCGCGGCUCGGAGCAGGACGUGGUGAUAGACACUGGCCUGGGGCUGCGCAGCCUUCCGGAGUACCUCUACUCCUCUGGCCUCUUGCAGGAUUGCGGGUCUAAAGAGGAUGCAGGACGCCGGCCACUGCUGGCCGUGGCCACCCACGUGCACUUCGAUCACUCCGGCGGUCUCUAUCAGUUCGACCAGGUGGCUGUGCACCGCGCCGAGGCCGAGGCCCUGGCUCGCGGGGACAACUUUGAGACCGUGACCUGGCUUUCUGACAGCGAGGUGGUGCGGGCGCCCAGCCCUGGCUGGAGGGCCAGGCAGUUCCGAGUGCAGGCAGUGCAACCCACCCUCAUUCUGCAGGAUGGGGAUGUGAUCAACCUUGGCGACAGACAGCUCACUGUUAUGCACAUGCCAGGUCACUCCAGAGGCAGUAUUUGCUUACAUGAUAAAGACCGUAAGGUGCUCUUCAGUGGUGACGUCGUGUAUGAUGGAUCACUGAUUGACUGGCUCCCAUACAGCAGGAUCAGUGACUAUGUUGGAACUUGUGAGCGUCUCAUAGAGUUGGUGGACCGAGGCCUUGUGGAGAAGGUGCUUCCUGGGCACUUCAAUACCUUUGGUGCCGAAAGGCUGUUUCGCUUAGCUUCUAACUAUAUUUCAAAAGCUGGGAUAUGCCACAAAGUGUCUACUUUUGCCAUGAGGUCUCUUGCAAGUUUAGCUCUCCGUGUAACAAAUCCUAGGACCUCACCCUAGUAUCUACACUGGUCAUUUGUUUGUAUUAACUGUGUAAAUUAACCCAGUUCCCCCAUGUUGUUGGAAACAGUUACUAGUGAGCAUUUCAAAAAGUGCUUUAAGAUCACAACUGUAUGUUAGAGAAAAAGAUUAAGGAGGAAGCCAAAAGAAAAAAAAAGAAAAAAAAAAAAAAAAACCAACCCAGAGUCUUAGCUUAGUAUCUUUUUCUUUUCUUCGAGGAAGAAGCCACUUAAAUAAGCUUGCAAUUGGCCAAUGCUGUCAUUUCAGAGUGUGUGUCCUGGCAAUGUUGUGAAGUGCUCCAUGCAUUAAGGAUGCACUCACAGCAUCUCAAAGAACUGCCCUUGUCCCAUAGUUUACUUCCCCAGAUAAUGAGGGGGAAAUCAUAUGGGGUUCUGUGCUUAUACUUUACACUUGAUUUUAUCUCCCUAUUUUAUUUAAAGAUAAAGUUUAUUGGGUUCAAAAAUAAGGUAGAACUCAACGUAAACUAGCAUUUAGAAUGACAGCUAAAACAGCCCAUAUUUGUGAUCCUGGAUUUUAUGCCUCCUUUUUAUUUAUUUUUUAAUUUUUUUGUAUAAGGCAUAUAACAUGCUUUCUAACUUUACAGUUGAACAGUACAAUGGAUUUUUGUCUUACUGCAAAGCUUUAAAUGUAAAUUGCAGAGCACUUCAGUAAAAAGCUACUGCUUGUUGUUUGUUAUUGUGUAAGUAAUAUUUUCAGUCAUGAAAGUGAAAUUCAAAUGUAUGUUAUCUAACUAUAAAUUGUCAGAUUUCUUAAAAGGACACUGUCAGGCAAAUUUGAAAAUAAACACAUUGAGAAUAAUUUUUUAUUAUAUCCUAUUUUAGUAUUAAUAGAUACUAUAAACAAAUUUUUUUUCUGGUUAAAUAGCGAUUUCAGUAUUGUGUCAUGUUUUACAGUAACAAAACAACUCCUGAUAUCUCUGACAUCUUGAUGUAAACAAUUCUUUUCAUUAAUAUAACAUGUAUAUUACCACAGAAGAAUAUUUAAAUUUAUGGCAGUAUAUGUAUUAUCUAUUAACUAGAGCCAACGGCCUUCUUAUCCUGAUUCACAACACCUGUUCCUGUUCAGUAUUCGUUGUCUUAAACAAGAACAAGUCAAUGUUCAUAUGUCAUAGAAAAUUACUAAACCACAAUUCAGUGACACGAGGUAAAAUGUGUGGGUUUGGUGCUUUUAAUAAUAAUAAUAACUUAUCAAAACGCCUUUUGGAAUAUUUCAUAAAAGUUUUUAAAACAGUUUCCCACUACCUUUUUUUUAAUUAUUGCUGUUUUAUUAUUGACAUUGUUGACCAAACAGAUCCACUUUUGAAACUCAGAUCACUCCGUACCAGCAGUUCUUGUUUCUGUCAAGUUAUGUAACUUUUUUUCUCUGCAAACUACCCAGGUUUUUUAGGUUUUUAUUCAUUCAGUAGACACACAUGCAGGCAUGCAUGUACGCUCUCACACACACAGACACAGACACAGGCAUGCCACAUUUACACAUAGGUACACAGUACUGUGCUAAACAAUGUAGGAUGUUCAAAAGUGAAAGAACUCACUAUAGCUAGAAGUUAAGGCCACAACCCCCCGAAAAUAAUACAUGCAAGUUGACAUUAAUAAAUGUAAUGCUUAAAUGUAAAGGAUACAAGGAAGGGUGUGAAGUUGGGUAAGGGCAAAUUCCUUGGAAGAAGGGAUUUUUUUAGUCAGAUUUGGAGGGAAGCUGGGAAAUAAAAAAGAUGUGGGAAAUAAAAAAGAAGUUUUCAGGAAUUGCUAGAUGGACUAGCCUAUUCCUUGCGACCGUAUAAAUUUAAUUUUCUGGAAUCCCAUUUCUUCCAAAUAUCAUAUGCUUAGCAUGAAAAAGACGGGUUUGUAAUAUUGUAUAUGUGGCUCAUUCUUAAAGUCAGAUGAACUGAGCUGUCAUGUGCCACCAUAUAAACCUUUGCUGACACUCAGAAAGGAGGUCAUGAUUGGUUCUGUCGUCCUUGAGGACGGUGGGUCUGUUUCAACUGGUGUCACGGUACCUAGAAUAGAGAUUGGUUCAGGGCAACUACAACCACUUAAUAAGCCUUAAAUAUAGCCAUUAUUUUUGUAUCAGCAGCACAAAAUAAAGCCAAAAGUCCUUAAUCAUUGACUAUUUUCUCAUAUUUUAGUAUUUACUUUAAAAUCAGGAUAGAGUAGGCAUUAAGCUUUAUUAGGAAAAUUUAUUCCUGAUGAGAUGUUUAUUUAUUAAAAGUGCAAUUUUUCAGUAUGUUUUUAAAAUUGCAAUGUAAGAUUGCGAUAUUUCACUAUUGCUACCCUGUGAAAAUACAGAAGUAAAUUCAUACUCAUUUGGUAUUCAUGAUCCAUUUUAAAUGUGCAUCCUGGAGGUAACUGACCAUCCUCAGACAGCAUGGGCUAGAAACAAUGCUAGUAACUGCACACAGGUUUGCCUGCUCCCGACCACGCCCCCUCUUAAACCUGCACAAUACACAGAAUUGUCCACAUAGAUUUUUUUUACUUUCUAACAUGCCAUAUAUGUGAAAAAUAAAUCAAAUAAUAUCAAAUCCUAAGAGCAGUUUUAGAAAAUAAGAAAAUAUGUAUUUUCACCCUGACAGUGACCCUUGUAAAUUUAUGAUUUUUUUAAAAUAGAAUAUUGUAGUGGAACUCAAGGUUGUCAAAAUGUUAGACAUGUCAAAAUUAUUUCUUAUUUAUUAUUGCUAAUAAUGAACUUGUGGACUUUCACUUUAUUUAAUUAAUGUCUCUUUUUAACUGAGAAGCUUGAAGCAAACAGAAACUUUGUGUGUUAUACUGAUAUAAUUGAGUAUCUGGUUAUGUGUAUUUGUUCUAAUAUGGAAAAUAUGAAUGUGACAUGCACAAAUUGUUCUAUAAUUUUCAAAUAUGUGUAUGUAAACAUUGGUGUGGUAACUAUUAAAGUGGCCAUGUAUUUCAGUGUUCAA